ACUAUUUUUGACGUUGACAUGAUGGAGAUAAAAAUUUACCAAUGAUUCACAUUUCAGGACUGUACGUUUGAGAUAAUGCACCUCUUUGUGAUAAAUUUAAACGUUUUAAGGAAAUAGAGAAGAGAGAGAGAGAGAUAGGGAGCCUGUUAUUGCAGUUUGUGGUUUCUAAGCAUGUGACGUGCUGUUUUCUCAGCUUUGCCCAUCACUUGUGCACAGAUGGCAAGCAGUAAAGAGAUGACACUCUCUGAUGUUGCAAUGAGCUCCACAAGCAAUUACGAUUACCUUGAUUCAGUGAACUCCACAGAUGAUUACGUCUUCUACAGUCCAUUCGAGAACGAUUCGCUGCCCAUGUCCAAUGUCUACAUUCCUGUGCUCUACUUCAUCAUGUUCUUCGCUGGCUUCUUGGGGAACCUUUUUGUCAUUUUGGUAAUUGGCAAACGGCGACAGAAAUACGGACGUCUUGUGGACACCUUCGUGCUGAACUUGGCAUUAGCCGACCUUGUGUUUGUUCUCACGUUGCCAAUUUGGGCGGUUUCGGCACUUAAUGGUGACUGGCCCUUUGGUGAGGUCCUAUGCAAGAUCAGCAGCUUCAUCAUUGCGGUCAACCGCUUUUCCAACAUCUUCUUCCUCACCUGCAUGAGCGUGGACCGGUACUUGGCUAUCGUGCGCCUCAUGGACUCUCAGUUCCUACGGAGCAGCAACUGUGUGCAGAUCACCUGUGGCAUGGUGUGGAUCAUUUCUUUCUUCCUUGGAAUUCCAUCGUUGGUGUACCGUCGGUUGAUAGACGAUACUUUGUGUUCGGAGGAUUCAAAAUCCUUUUUCGUCCAAGGAAUGAAUCUCCUGACCAUAUUUCUAACCUUCCUGCUCCCUGUACUGAUUCUAGUCCUCUGUUAUGGGUCGAUUUUGGUUAACCUGCGGCGGCACUGUCACACUGCCGCAAACUCACGUGCAGAAGCCAGACAACGCCAUACCCUCAAGAUUGUGUUGGCCAUAAUUGCUGCUUUUCUGAUUUCCUGGCUUCCUUUCAAUUUGUUCAAGACCAUCCAAGUCAUCUUACUGAUGAGAACGGGAGAUCUUAGCAGGGACACAAGGUCGAUCAUACUUAAUGGACUCACGCUGUCCUGCUGCCUGGCAUUUCUCAACAGUUGUGUAAAUCCAGCCAUCUACUUUUUUCUGGAUCAGCAUUUCAGGCGCAGAGCCUCGGCCCUGUGUCUGAGCUGCCUGGGUCAAGGAGACGUGCUCCAGAGCUCCUCUAAUACUUUCUCUAAUGCCACUUCUGAGACUUACUCUGGAAAUGCUUCAACCCGCGGGCGGCUUUUCUCACUUACUCAGAAGGAGUGAAAUCUACUGUUUUCAGAACGCACUCUUUCUUUAUCAGUGAUACUAUCAGGUGAAGCCGAUAUAUACUUAAAAUCUUUUGUUUAAAGCAUUUGCUAUACUAUAAAUUGAUCAUACUGAGCAUUUUAGAUGAAUACGGCAUAUUUCUGCAUUAAUUUUAUUUCAUUUGUGAGCAAUGUUCUAUACAUUCUAUUUUUGAUUUCCUAAAUUAACAUAGAUUAUAUAUUGGUGAACAUAUUACUUAGUGCACAAGAUACAUUAAAAUAAAUUGCACACAUUGCAAGCAUGUAAGUACAUAUUUUGACAGUAAUCUAAAAAAGCAUCACUAAUCUACAUAUAUAACAAAUUAGUUUCAAUUGUGCAUAUUCAGAAUUCAUUAUGUUUAUACUAUUAGACACAACUUCAUUUUUAUAUUUACUUGUGUAUGUUUGCUAAGUAAUCAAACUUUUGAGCAAUGUUACUUCAUAAAAAUAAAUUAUGCAUUAGUGAACAUAUUACUUAAUGUACAAGAUAAAUUAAGGUAAAUCACAAGCAAGCAUGUAUGGACAUAUUUUUGACAGUAAUCAUCUAGAAAGCAUUAUUAUUCCACGUGGACAUUACAUAGCCAUUUAGAAAUUGUGAAUAUUCAGAAUUUAUUAUGCUUUUCCUAGAUACAACUU